GCAAGUGCUUUAGCAGUGUAGCCGGUAGUUGGCGGUAUAGUUUGUUGCCAAUUGUUGUUUUCAUCUCCUUCCAUGGAGGACAAAAUUUACGCGAACGCAGAGCAGAGAUGCUUACUAUAACAACAACUAGGUUAUUAAUCUAACCUUUCGGGACGCGUGUACAUUUAUUUGUUCAAGCGAUUCGGUUAUGACCGGGCCUGAAAUAGAUCAUUAGUCCCUAUUGAAACGCCGGUUGAUUAUAAUUGGUGUUUAUGCCUUCGGCCUAUGCUUUGAACAUGCUUUCAUUCGGUAGUUUAGCAGGAACAGUGUGAAGAAAAGUGCCGAGCAUAGUGUCGUGUAAUUGUUUAAUUAAUUCUCAUAAACGGAACGGAAGGAUAACGGAAAAAGUGUGGUGACUCAUUGGAGAUCUUUCGAUUGGUCGUUGAAGAUAUACUGUUAUAUGUGAUUACACAUGAGUGUGGAUUAAAUGUGCAGAUUGGCGGAAUUGUUAGCAUUACGAUUGGAUUACAGAAAAUUUUGCUGAAUUGUGGAUUAUCACGUGUGGUAGCAUUUCUCCUAUUGAUUGGAAUAUUGGAAGCUAUGGAUACUGAUCUUUAGUGCUCAAGUGACUGCAUAAGGGUUGACUGACACAAGUUUAGUUCGUGCAAGCAGAUUGCUCCUUCCAGUCAAGACGUUCUUCUUCGUUCAAUACCGACAGAAGUGACAACCCUUUUGCUGUCUCAUCCUACCGGAUAAACUUCAAACUGUUCAAUAAAGUCAACAAAGGCAACAAUAAUGGAGGCAUAGCAUGAAAUUCUAUAAACGAUAGAUCCAUCAACAAAACCUUUGAGGGAAGACAUACAUAUAAAAGAAAACACUUGCCCGCUAGGGAAGCCACAACAGUUGUGAAGAAAACCAUGGAAACUUGGUCAUCAGUGGCAGCGAAUGCCAGUGGUGUAUUAUUAAAUCUGACCUACGUCAACGACUCCUCACUACCCGGCAACGGUUCGAAUGAGGAUGAUUUAAUCGCAAUAUUCGGUCCAAAACACGACCCGCUCUACGUGGUAAUCCCGAUGACAAUUAUGUACAUCUUGAUUUUCGUAACGGGUGUCAUCGGUAACAUAAGCACGUGUAUCGUGAUAGCGAAAAACAAAUCCAUGCAUACCGCAACGAACUAUUACCUCUUCAGUUUAGCCGUGUCGGACUUUUUCCUGUUGCUGUCCGGCGUACCGCAGGAAAUGUACUUUAUCUGGCGAAAAUAUCCUUACAUUUUCGGCGAAGCUUUCUGUGUCGCUCGGGGAGUUGCGGCGGAAACGGCGGCCAACGCGACCGUCCUCACCAUUACGGCUUUCACUAUCGAGCGCUACGUCGCAAUCUGCCACCCGUUCCUGUCGCACACGAUGUCGAAACUGUCCCGGGCCGUUCGGUUCAUUUUCGCCAUAUGGUUGGUGGCGAUUGUAUCGGCCGUCCCGCAGGCACUCCAGUUUGGCGUCACAAGUCAAAAGGGUGUAGAUCUGUGCGUGGUGAAGCGGGUAAUUAUUCAUCAUUCGUUCGAGUUGUCGACGUUUAUUUUCUUCUUCGCUCCGAUGACACUCAUCACGGUGCUGUACGCGUUGAUUGGUUUGAAGCUGCGCUCGUCGUCGCUGAUGCAGCGAGACGGGACGCUACAGCGGAGGAGCAAUGCCUGCCCGAAUAAUCGACAGCAGGGAACGAGCCAAGGAACGCGCCGAGUCCUGAAGAUGUUAGUCGCAGUCGUGGUAGCAUUCUUCAUCUGCUGGGCUCCGUUCCACGCCCAGCGACUGGUGUACAUCUAUGGCGUCGACGAGUUCAAUCGGCCGAUACAUCCGCUGAUUUUUGAGUAUUUCAUCGUGACGACUUACAUUUCCGGUGUCCUGUACUAUCUAUCAACCUGCAUCAACCCGCUGCUGUACAAUAUUAUGAGCAACAAGUUCCGCCAGGCAUUCAAGGAGACGUUGGGCCACCGCUGCUGCUGCGUUACGCGAAAAACAACCUGCACGUUGCGUUCCUAUCGAAACCUCUGCCGAAGCGACGGACAUCCGGCUGCAAACAAAGAAUCUUCUGAAUACACAGGCCAUUCCAUCCAGGACGACAGUCUGUACUCAUCAUCCACUCAGAAGCAAUCGCUCGAUUCCAUAGCGCUAUCGCGAGGCCAAUCUGUGAAGCGUUUCGGCUGUGGCUACGAGCGCACCGCGUCGUCGACGACGAUGGCGACGACGGGACGCGAGAAUGGCCGUACCGUUGUUCCGCUGUUGGGCCCGGUAAAAUCGACGCCGACCGUGUCGGCCCAUCUGGAUUUCUACCCGGAGGGUAAGGAACUGUGCAUUAAUAUCUACUCGUCGAGCGACUCGUUCUCGUCUCGGUCUACCGAGAACGUUUCCCGAUUAACCGUAAAACUGAACCGUUUAUCUUUCGACGAAUCGCAGAAGGGUCCCCGUCAAUAUGAGCGCUCGGCCGCCACGCUGCCAAGUCCACCGACGACGGUUAUGUACGAAGAUGAGCAUCCUAUCCACAGGAGCACACAGGUCAAUUUGAAGUACACCAAGCAGGGCCCGGUGAAGAUAUCGAUUAAGCGUAAAAACCGCAAUGGUCUAAAGUUUUGGCGAUACUUCCGUCACGCGUCUUCCGUAGAGGACCGCCAGCAGCAAUGGCGACAGGCUUCGGUGCAGUUUUACAGUGCCGUGCAGCGGCAUCCUAAUGGCAGCGAAAGAAAUGCGAAAGAGUCAUCACCACUCGCCGUCGAUGUGCAUGCAGGUUUCGGCCAGGAAGACGAUCUGGAAGCGUACAUGAAAGAGAUAAAACUAAGAGAAAGCGUUACAAAUAAUAAAUUUUGUACUACCAACAAAGGAACGAAAUCCUAACUGAGACUCCUACACCAAGAGAGUGGAUCCUGAAGUUUGAAAAGAAACAAACGAAAAAUGUCUGUGGUACUAUAGUCACUAACCUCAGGCACGUGAAACGAUACGAUAUGGUUUCGGGAGCUGUAAUUAAGUAAAAUAGAUUAAUAAUAAAACUUUCAUGUUGUGGUUCCUAAUCGGAGAUUGAACACAAUGUGUCGUGUAUGGGUGUAGAAAAGACUUCACAUUGAAGUCAUCGAAUACAGGGUCGGUUCUAUUGAGGGAGGUCACCAUUCGAAAUUUUAAUGUAUAAAAAUUCGUGCUUAGUGUUACAAAAGUUUGGCUAAUAACGACCGUAAUGUUAAAUCAAUUUACCUGGCUGUGCAGUAGAUUAGUUUCUUGUUAAGAAUUUUUAACCUAAUUGUGAUAUGUUUUUAGAAAUAU